AGUGAGUUGGGGGGGUGUUAGGUCUGUGUUUUUAUAGUGCUUUCAAAGCCUCCCUCCCUCCCUCUCUCUUCUUUUCCUUCUCCCAACUUCUCUUUUUCUUGAAAAAAAGAAAAAAAAAAUUUCAAUAUUAUCAUUAUCAUUAUUAUUAUUAUUAUUCUUCCCCUCAAAAAGAAUAGUGAUUGAACAUAAGAGAAGAUUCAGAAGGCAGGGGUGGGGGGAAGAAAAGCAAAGCAAUGAUGGUGAUGAAUAUCUCUCAUCCACAGUCACACAGAUUAUUGAUGGUAUAGGAGGUCAAGCCCAAGCCCUCCUCCUUCUUCUUCUUCUUCUUUCUUCGGCUGCUCCAUUAAGAAGAGAGAGAGAGAGAGAGAGAGAGCAGAGGAGAGGGGGCCAUUGGGUGGGUGUAUUGACUGCAGAGUCAUUUUCUUGUGCUUCUCUUUCUCUUUGCUGUUUUGUUUGGGGCUCUGUUCUGUUCUGUUUCCUUGGGGAGUCUCUGGUUUUGUUUUUACCCGUAAUGGUGUAGUUCUCUCUCUCUCUCUCUCUCUUUCUCCCUUUCCUCCUCUUCUUCUCCCAUUCCCUCCUUCAUAUCUCUGUCUUUGUGUUGGCACUGAAUGAGAGACAAUGGGGACUGUAGAUGGGAGCAAGAGAAGAUAUUCAUCACCUUCACCUGUCAUGAUCUUCUUCUUCUUCUUCUUCUUCUUCCAAAGCACUGUUUCUUGUCUAAACUACACAGACUACAGACAAGUGAGCCGCCUCAGGUUUAGAAGGAUCCAAAAGCACUUGGACAAGAUCAACAAGCCCCCUGUCUUAACCAUUGAGAGCCCCGAUGGAGACAUAAUAGACUGUGUCCACAAAAGAGAGCAGCCAGCCUUGGAUCAUCCUUUGCUCAAGAAUCACAAGAUCCAGAGAGUGCCACCGGAAAUGCCUAAACUGAGGUCGCCGGCGAAGAAAGCCGAUUCAUCGUCGUCAUCGGAAUCAACCAUGACUAAUAAUCACGGUGCCGGGGACGUUGCGUGGCAGAACUGGCACCGAAACGGGACUCGGUGCCCGAAGGGGACUGUCCCGGUGCGGCGCACCACGGUGCAUGAUGUCCUGAGAUCAAAGUCUCUGUUUGACUACGGCAAGAAGCAACGCCGGCUCCCCCUCGCUCGACGGGUAGAUGCUCCCGAUGUAGUCAGCGGCAACGGGCAUGAGCACGCGAUAGCCUACACUGGAUCGUCGUCGGAGGUGUACGGUGCGAGGGCGACGAUCAACGUGUGGGACCCCGCUAUCGAGGAGGUGAACGAGUUUAGCCUGUCUCAGAUUUGGGUUCUCUCCGGAUCAUUCGACGGCACGGACCUCAACAGCAUAGAAGCCGGCUGGCAGGUCAGUCCGGAGCUCUACGGUGACAGCAGGCCUCGAUUAUUCACUUACUGGACGAGUGAUUCGUAUCAGGCCACGGGAUGUUACAAUCUACUAUGUGCAGGGUUCGUUCAAACGAACAGCAGAAUAGCCAUCGGGGCUGCCAUUUCUCCCGUCUCUUUGCUCUCCGGCAGUCAAUAUGAUAUCACCAUCCUAAUUUGGAAGGACCCUAAACUGGGGAACUGGUGGAUGAGCUUCGGGGACAACACGCUGGUGGGCUACUGGCCAGCGGAGCUGUUCACCCACCUGGCCGACCACGCCACGAUGGUGGAGUGGGGCGGCGAGGUGGUCAACUCUCGCCCCGACGGGGGGCACACAUCCACCCAGAUGGGUUCCGGGCACUUUGCCGAGGACGGCUUUGCCAAGGCCAGCUACUUCCGCAACCUAGAGCUGGUAGACUCGGACAACAGCCUCAGCUCCGUCCAGGGCGUCUCCACCCUCGCGGAGAACACCCACUGCUACAACAUCAAGAGCUCAUACAGCCCUGACUGGGGAACCUACUUCUACUACGGCGGGCCUGGGAAGAACCCUCAGUGCCCCUAGAUGACUCUUCGAUCGCGCGCAAGCAAUGUUUCUCGCACAGACCUAGUGUUCGCACCAUCAUAUGUGAGACUCAUGAAUACGUUCUUAGUUGAAGUUCCAGAUACGUAUCGAAUGGUUCUUGCUAUUAUCGGUGUGUAAACAUCGGGUGUGGGCGAGUUGCACACCCUAGCUAGCGAAACACUAGCUAUAAAUCUCUCUAGUUAAGUCUAUCAUUAAUAUCUCUACUGAUCAAUUUAAUUCUUUGAUUGUGUAAUUAAUGAAUUGAAGUUUAAUGCUGUAGUUCCAAUUCCAAUCUUGUUUAUGGA